AUGGCACCUUUCAAAUUUGGUAAAAAAUCCUCGAAGGAUAAAGACAAGAACAAAAAUAAGAAUUCCAAAGAAAAUUCUAAUAAUUCUCCAAAAGGUAGCCCUUCCAGAUUUUUACACAUUGGGAACAACAACCACAACACGAUUAAUGACAAUAUUGGUAAUAUUAAUAAUAAUAACCCUGUAGGUGGAAACUUAUUUGCUAGAAAUAAUCAAAAUAGACACAACAAUAAUAGUAAUUUUAAUAAUAAUAGCAAUAAUAAUGGGAUGUUUAAUAAUCAACCAAUGCCUCAACAACAGCAACAACAGCAACCACAGCAACAAUCUUACCCAUCACCGGCACCACAAUUUCCGACAUUCGAACAAGCAAAUAAUAAGCGUAUGUUUCCUACCCCAAUACCAGAACAACAACGUAAUGUCUCUGGAGCAACUGCCAUGCCACUAGUCUAUGACAGUACAAACAAACAGCAACCACAAUUGCCAUCAGAAAAAACAGUUUGGAAUAGAGUCAAGUUAGCCAACUCUCCAUUUCCUCGGUAUAGACAUGUUGCAUCUGCUUAUGCCAGCGAUGAUGAUAAAGUGUAUGUUAUUGGUGGUUUACAUGAUCAAUCAGUAUAUGGUGAUACAUGGAUCAUUAAAUCUGAAAAUAAUGCUACUAAAUUUACUUCUCAAACCGUAGAUAUUGGAGAGAAUACUCCACCUCCAAGGGUGGGUCAUGCUUCUACGCUAUGUGGUAAUGCGUUUGUAAUAUUUGGUGGAGAUACACAUAAAGUUAAUCAAGAUGGUCUAAUGGAUGACGAUAUUUAUCUGUUUAACAUAAAUUCAUUCAAAUGGACAAUACCACACCCAGUUGGACCAAGACCUCUUGGUCGAUAUGGUCAUAAGAUAUCUGUCAUUGCAACAAAUCAAAUGAAGACAAAAUUAUAUCUUUUUGGUGGUCAAUUCGAUGAAACAUAUUUCAAUGAUUUGACUGUAUUCGAUUUAUCCUCAUUUAGAAGACAAGAUGCACAUUGGGAAUUCUUGAAACCAAAGACUUUCACCCCACCACCUUUAACUAAUCAUACAAUGGUUUCGUAUGCACAUAAAUUAUGGGUAUUUGGUGGUGACACUCAACAAGGUUUGUUAAACAAAAUCUUCAUGUAUGAUCCAAUUAUUAAUGAUUGGUCUAUUAUUGAACCACGGAAUAUCGGUGGAGAAGUAAACGAUAUUCCGCCUCCGAUGCAGGAGCAUGCUACAAUAGUUUACAAAGAUUUAAUGGUUGUAGUUGGAGGUAAAGAUGAACAAGAUAUAUACCUAAACAGCGUAUUUUUUUUCAAUUUGAAAACUUUCAAAUGGUUUAAGUUGCCUGUAUUCAGUUUGGGCAUACCACAGGGACGUUCAGGUCAUUCGGUAUCUCUUCUGAAAAACAAUAAAUUAUUGAUAAUGGGUGGUGAUAAAUUCGACUAUGCCGCUAUUGAUGAUAAUAACCUACAUACGUCUGAUGUAAAUAUGGGUAAAGGUACUAUUUUGUAUACUUUGGAUUUGACCAGACUUGAGGAGUUAUGUCCUGGGAUCAUGGAUGAAGUUUCAACGCCGAUAACUGGAGACACACCUCAUUACAAUAUUCCAUUUAAUAACAUGGACAAUGACAUUUUGAAUGAUUCUGAACGUAAUAAUAAUCAGCAAGAUGUAGAAAAUCAACCAAUGAAUAAGUCUCCAAUGUUGAACACUACCCCAACUACAAAGUCCACAGCCACGAAUCCCAUACAAAUUCAGAACAAUAUAUUGACUCCAUAUACUGACCCAGAAUAUCAUAACACUCCGAUGGCUGAAAACACGGAAAUAUUCCAAGCUUCUACGAAUGUUAGAGAUGAGCUGAUUGAUGAACAGAAGACACCUGUAGUGAUUGAACAAACUAAGAAAUCUCCAUUGGGUGAUCAUGUAAAGAAUAUGGAAUCUCCUCUCUUCAAUGAAUCUCCUGUUAAAUCAGACAUUACAUCUAGUGCAACAGAUGUAACGAAUGUAAUAUCUCCAGUUUCUGAACAACAGAAGGAUGUAGUUAGAUCACCUGUGAUCGAGAAAAAUGGGACUUUCAAUAAAUCACCUGUUUUGAAACAAAAUAUCGUAGAUGAAAACUCUUUGGUACCUGGUGAUGCUUCAGUAACUAGUGCUACGUUGCAACCUGAUGAAGAUCAAGCCCAAAGUAUUGGCAGUGAUUAUAAAGAUGAAAAUUUGGAAGAUGAAUUUCAAGAUUCUGAAACUCAUGAGACUGAACAGUUAAAUAAACUUGAUGCAGUCCAAAUGAGUCCGGAUAUGUCUGAUCUUGAUGAACAAAAUGCUUCUGUUGACUCAGAGGCUGAUGAGACGAUCGAACAUAAUACCCUUGAUGAAUUAAUUCCAUCUCCUAAACUAGAGUAUAUCCCAUCGGAUAAUGAACUUCAUAAAGGUAAUGAAACGACUACUGAACCAUUAGAUACGGAACCGGAAAUGAUGUCAAAGAAAAUAGCAGUAGUGAAUGAUGAUCCAAAUAUGACCGUUAUUAGCAAACAGGCCUUAGAGGGUUUCCGUACUGAGUUACAGAAUCUAAGGGAUGUAGCUAAUGAGAAAUCCAUUGAGGCUAGUAAUCAUGUUAGAGAUUUGGAAAAUCAAAUAAUUAGAUUGAAAGGGAUUACAAAACGAACUACUAGUUUAUCUACCGAGGAUGUAAGUGUAACAAAAUUGCAAAACAAAUGUGAUAUAUUGACUGCUGAUAAUCAUAUUAUGAGAGACAGAGUAUUGGAGUUGGAGAGCCUCGUAAGUGACAAAUUCUUAGAUUUGGAGAAUCUUAAUGGUAUCAUUAAGCAGCAAAGGGAUACUAUUGAUGGGUAUGAACAAAAUAAAGAUGUCACCGAGGAGAAUAAUAUUGAUCAAUUGAUGUAUCAAAUUAAGGUCCUUGAAGAAGAAAAUAAGACAAUAAAGAACGAUUUACAAAUGAAGGAUACUUCUUUAAAUAGAAAUAUUGGGGUAUAUUCUGAACAAAUUCAAUCACUGGUAACGACGUGGCAAGAUACUUUAUCAUUAAAUAAAACUACCAGUAAAGCUGAUGAUGAACAUAAUGAUAUUGAUUCUCUUAAUGACAUUAAUGGUGCAUAUCAUCCACACCAUAAACAUGUUGUUAAUAAAUUAUCUAGUCAAUUAGAUGAUUUGUUGAUGAGAAGUCAAGAUUUAAGUGAAUCUAGAGAUAAAUUGAAUGAAGAUUAUCAUGAUCUAGAAUCGAAACAUCAAACAACACAUGACGAUUUAUUAUCUACAAGGGAAGAAUUAGAGUCUGUAAAGAAAAAUUAUGAAGAAAGUUUGAGUUCUAUUAAUAAUACAGGUAAAGCUCUUGAGAUCUCUGAGAAAGAACUAGAGAAGUAUAGAUCCUCCAAUAAGAAAUUGCAAGAGGAAAUUGAUAAUAUAAAGUUACAUAGCAUUGACAGUCCAACUCAGAGAGAUGGAUCAAUGUCACCAAAGGACGAUGCUCGGUUCAACAUAAAAUUGAAUGACUUGAAAGCCGAAUUAUUUAUUGUGAAAGAAGACAGGGACUCUAUGAAGGACGAAAUAUUGGAAUUGAAGAAGAAACUAUACAAUAUGGACAGCAACUGA